UGCAGGGAGCUGUCAGUUAUGGUACAGGUUACAGUGAAUGAGGGGACAUUAGAGGGAGAGGUGAUUCACAAUGAGUACGGCGGGAAGUUCUACAGCUUCAAGGGCAUUCCCUACGCCCAGCCCCCCGUGGGAGAGCUGAGGUUCAGGGCUCCUCAACCACCGCAGCCAUGGGCCGGAGUGCGAGACGCGACAAAGCUGGGCAACGAGUGUUAUCAUUACGAUCCAUUCUUCGGCACACCGACGCAGGGCAGCGAGGACUGUCUCUACCUUAACGUGUAUUCCCCCGAGGUAUCCCCUCCUAACUCCCUGCCCGUAAUGGUGUGGAUACACGGCGGAGGCUUUAUUGGCGGGAGCGGCUCCGAUGACUUGUAUGGGCCGGAAUUCUUAGUGAGACAUGACGUCAUCUUGGUCACAUUUAACUAUCGGCUCGAGGUUCUCGGCUUCCUCUGCCUCGACACGGCGGAGGUGCCCGGCAAUGCGGGCAUGAAGGACCAGGUGGCGGCGCUCAGAUGGGUGCAGGCAAACAUCGCUAGCUUUGGAGGAGAUCCUAACAAUGUUACCAUCUUCGGAGAGAGCGCUGGAGGAGCGAGCGUUUCUUUUCACCUUUUGUCGCCCAUGAGCAAAGGGUUAUUCAAGAGAGCUAUAUCACAGAGUGGCAACUCAGCCUGUCCCUGGGCGGCAACCUCUAUGAUAAAAGAAAGAUCACUGCAACUGGCUAGAGACAUGGGGUGGAAUUCCAAGGAUGAGAGGGAGGCGUACGAAUUUUUAAAAUCACAGCCUGUGGAAGCGCUAGUCGACAGACGCGUUAAACUGACGUAUGCGGAAGACAAUAAAGAGGCAGCACUUAUAUUCUUCAAUAUUGUUGAAGAAAAACAAUUCGGUGACAAUGAACGAUUCAUGCCCGGCGCCCCCAUUGAUCUACUACGGGCCGGCAUACACGAGGGAGUGGAAGUUAUCAACGGCUACACAGAGGAUGAGGGAGUUUUGAUGUUAUCCGUCGGACUCGACAUUCAAAAAGUACUCGCACAAGCUAACAGAUAUCCUGAGUAUUUCACACCUUUACCAGCAAUCAACGGUUGUAAAAUAGCCGAUCAAAUAGAAAUAGGAAAAAUGAUAAAAGAGUAUUAUUUUAAGGAUGAAGAGAUUUCCCUCAGUAACGUAGAUCGUUUGUAUGCGUUCCUCGGCGCCGAUAGCUUUAUAUAUCCUGCAAUUUUAUGGCAAAAGCUUUGUGCAAAAAAGGGUAGCAAUAAGAAUUAUCUGUACAAAUUUACUUGCAAAUCUGAAAAAAAUAUCUUGAAACACUUACUGGGUGUGGCACACGUGGUGGGCGAUAAGACUGUGGUCUGCCACGCGGACGACCUGCCUUACCUCUUCCCGAUGAAAAUAUUCACACAAAAUAGUCUAAAACUGGAUACCAACUCUAAAAUAUACAAGAUGAUUGAUCAAACAACAAAGCUUUGGACGAAUUUUGCUAAAUAUGGCAACCCAACCCCCGAUGCGAGUUUGGGCGCGAUCUGGAAGCCAUACACGUUGGAGAGUCAAGACUUCUUCGACAUUGGAGAGAAUCUGGUGUCCGGCACCGCGCCUAAUAACGAUGAGAUAGAAUUCUGGGAACACGUCUAUGAGAAGUAUUGUUCAAAAUACGCUCCGUGAUCAAAAACAAAUUGCUCAUAUACGUAAACAUUUAUCUAACGAUCUACGAUUAUGUAAUAAACCAUAAAGAAAAAACGUUAACCUCUUAAUAAUGUUAUAUUUAAUAAUAUUACCUUGUUAUGCUUAUUUUAUAGUA